UUUGCUUGGCCACAAACCCGGCCUCCCAGCCCCCCUGUUUUCACUUCUUUUUUUUUUGCCCAUCUCUUCCCCAGCUGUUUGCAGCUGGCAAAAAACAGCACCCGCCCUGUUCGGGAAUAAGGGACCGAGAUUGACCGGAGGAGACGAGAGAUGCCACCCGAGCUUCCUGCCCAGCCGGCCCAGCCGCAGGUGAGGAAGAGCUUCCUGAAGUUCCUCAAGAGUUUUCUGGGAAUCGUGCGCAUCCUGCAGAUCGUGUUCGGAGCCGGGCUGUGGAUCACCAUCGCCGCCAACAAGUACGAUGGCUCCAUCCACUUUGUGCUGUUCGUCGCAGUCCUCUUCUGGCUCCUCACCCUCGCCCUCUUCUUCCUCACCCUCCUGGACAAGCAGGACCUGGUUCCGCUGCUGGGAGGGGAGCGCUGGUUGUGCACCAACCUGGCGCACGACGUGGCCGCCACCGUGCUCUACCUGCCGGCCGUAGGUGUCAUGAUCUACAAGACGGAUCGCAACUCGUUCUGCAACCUGGAGGCGUACAAGCACCCCUGCCUGUUUAAGAUCUACCUGACAGCCACCGUGUUCGCCUGCCUGUGCUGCCUGGCUUACCUCCUGUCGGUCACUUUUGGGGCGUGCAGGAAGUGUCGAGGAGAACAGACGGUCAUCAGUUGAGACUAAACUGGGUGUGAUGUCCAUGAGGGGAUGCGUGUGGAUCCGCAGCAAGAUGAGGAAUAGUUAACUUCACUGUAAUUUCACUCAACAGUUACUCUUAUCCCAGAUUUACCCUCUACUGUCUCCCCUCUCCCAGCCUUCCACCUUUAUGUUGAGGCAGAAACAGGCCUUAUUAUCAGUGUUUUCAACAGUUGCUGUGAACAGCAGCUCAUCCUACAGAGGCCAGAAGCUAUAAAGAAUGUUUAUCUAAUUGGUAAUGUGCACAAGUUGCAUGUGUUUGUCUUCUAGAUUGGCAAUUUAAUGCCACUUUCCCUCAUACAAAACAUUAUCAUACUCAUGUAUGAACCUAUUAUAGCAGUAUUUAGUGUUUACAGUCUUAAUAUACAUUUUGCAGAUUUGUGUUGGUACUGACUGGGUAACUGUCUGAAACCUCUCAUAGGAUUGCUACAGUUUUUUUUUUUUUUUUUUUUUACAAGGCAUUCUUUUUAUUACCUUUUUUAAAAAUAUGUAUUUUUAUGUGUUUUUGUACAAAAGCAAACUAUACUGAACAGUUAUUGACACGUGCUGGGUUGACUUUAUCUCUUACACAAUGAAAUACUUGUCAGCUGUUUUUGUUUUGUCUAUAACACAAACAUUGCGUGCAGCUUUUUUUUUUUUUUUAAAUCAGUGCCUUCUGUCAGAAUGCUGUAUACUCAACGAGGUUGUGGCAACCGCAGACCCAACAGCAUCGAUGUAUUUGGUGCUGCAGUGUGUAUGCUGACCAGAACUGCUCCUCAAGUGUUCAUUAUGUAAAUCCAGAGAGCAAAAAGAGUAAGAAUAAAGACGAGUACGAGAGAGA